AUGAAGACCCAGAAACAUGAGAAGAAUAUGAAAUCGUAUAAUGUGAAUCAACAAUUAAUAACUGAUACAAUUAAGCCUUCGAAAGAAAAAGAUGAAAUUUGUUCUGCUGAAGCUGUUCUCGUUGUUCAUGGUGUUAAACAUGGACAUUCAUAUGUGGCACAACAAUGUUUAACAAAUGUUUCCAAGACAAUAUUUUCUUCAUCAACUGUAGCGAAUCAUUUAUCAUGUGGUCGAACAAAAUCAACAUCAAUUGCAUUAAAUGUUUUAGCUCCUUACUUUACUCGAUGUUUACUUGAUGAUUUAAAACAAUCACUUUAUUAUUCUUUGCACUUUGACGCUAGUAAUAAAGGAAAUACGAAAGAAUAUCCUUUUUGUGUACAAUUUUUAUCAUCAUCAGGUGUUAAAAAAGGUAUGUUUAGUUACUUUGUUAUCUCUCGUUCAUUUCUUAUCUUUUUAGGAAUUGUGGAUUUGAUUGAUGAUGCUGACGAAUCAGCAAAUGGAAUAUUUGCAAAUGUACGUCAGUUAAUUAUGGACAAUGAUCAAGAUUUUAAUGGAUUAACAGCAUUAGGAGCUGAUAACACGAAUGUAAACGUUGAUGAAAAUCAUUCAGUGUACUCACUGUUCAAAGAAGAAUCACCUGAUAUUCUUAAAGGUAUAAAAGUUUUAGUUAAUUGA